ACCAGUCGCCCCAUCUUACCUACCUUUAUCUUUACUAAACCAGCUCAGCUAUUCACCCGCUCUGUCUCGAUGGCCUCAUCCGAGCAUCACUUGUCCGCCCUCCCCAAUGGAUGGCCCCGCAUAACUGAAUCCAGUCCAGUCCGAGACCUUGGUGGGAUCAUGGACUACGAGCGCUGUGCAGCUCUACAUAACGAGCUUUUGACAAGAGCCCUCACGGGUUGUGGCGGUGAGAUACCCCCGAUGCCUCCAAGCUGGUGGGAUGCCAGGGCGCCUUCUGAGGAAGUUGCUAACAGUCUUCACCCGUCCUUGAUCGAGUUCCUGAAGCGUGCUUGGGAUGAGGACGUUCUGCCUCCUCGGUCUAGACUUUUUGUUUUCCUUGCAGCACUGAAAUCUCCGGAUAACAUGCGGGAUCAUAUGGAUUCGUACGAGGAUGAAUAUGAAGAGGGAAGGUUUAUCAAGCUGUAUGAGUCUAGUCACUACCGAGUCUCAGACGAUGAGGGGCUUUUGUUUGACCAGAUGACGCUAAGGGCAACCUUUAUUGAGGAUAUUAAUGAUACCAGGCUCAUUACCCGUCAUGAAUGGAGCUGGAUGCCUCUAGAAGUUAUUCUAGAUUCAUAUCUUCAGAUGAUUGACGAAGGAAAGGCGCAGGCAGUUUCUAAAGAUCAGGCAAAACUACUAAAGAUGGACUUUCUAUAUGGGCUAAUGGAACCCUGGGUAAUUCAUCAGUACACAAAAACGGACCUAGAAAGGGCAACCACUGCCUUCAAGCGUCUCGUGGAAGUGAUUGAGUCUCGAAUCCCACCCAGAGAGGAUCCUACUACUUUCAUGAACUUGCCGUGGCAUGAUCCAGCAACAUUUGAAAACCAGGAUGUUCUCCCCCGCUUGUCGUUUGCUCACGAGUUCUUAAGAUCCAUUUCCGACUGCAGCGUCCGAUUCUGUUAUAUCGCGCCAGGGAUCCGAUUCCCCACUGUCUUCGAAUUUCAGAACCAACCCAUCACGGACUUUGUUACAUCGCCACAUAACCACCUCGGCCAGUACCCUGGAAACUGCCCUCUCCGGAUAUUUCAGAUUGAUGAUGCAGAGUAUCAUCAGCCUGUAGCGCGUGGAAACCAUCUCGGUCUCUACAAUAUUGCUGCCGGAUUCUACAUCGAUCCUGUCGUGCAGCAAUGGCCACUGUUCUGGAGCAACGUAUGUCGGCUUCUAUUACCCUUUGCUAUUGGAGGUUCCGGAUGGGCUCGAAUGUCAAAUGGACAACCGUUUGGGAUAACCGACUCCGACUAUCUGGACAAAUACCCAGAGCCUCGUGAUUCCCAUGGGGACUUGUAUCAGAAUGGGACUAUAAAUGGGAUUACAAACUCCGAUAUGGUACAGAUAGAUAAGGUGCUGAACAACUGGGCUGAUCGGGUUGAGAGGGGCGAUUGGGUGGUAGAUGAAGAUGGGGUCGCAGGGGUAUCGAUAAGUUUCGAGAGGCAGAUACAGAGGCGCAUUGGCAGAAGUAUUGGAUUCCACCGUCGUGGUGAGGUUUGCAUGUAGGGCGGAAUGGAUCUCUAUAUAUUUAUGUACUCGGAGCUUCACAUCAC